CUGGGCACGGCGCGAGCUGUUUGGGCCGGCGCACGGUAUGGGACUUGCGCGCUUGGAGUAAAAACUCUCGGCCGACGCGGAGGGUCGCAGUGUUUUUUUAGAAGGCCGCGCGCGUGCCUGCCUGCCGUAUCGCGCGCCGCGUGCCUCCACAGCUGUCGUCUGUGUUGUUUUUGUCGUCGACUGUGUAAUCGUAACUCGGUACUUAUGCGUGAAGUGUAAUGCGAGUUCAGUGAUCGUGCAUUGCGUGGAAGUGCAUUGUGUCUUCUAAGUAAUUUUGCAGCAUAGCAAUGACUGAAAAAAAUCACUUUGCGGCGUUACAAGAAAUCCGUUGUUGGAGUAUAGAGGACGUCACUUACGCGCUAAACAAUAAUGGUCUAAGUGAAUGUGUUGAAGCUUGUAAGAAGAGAGACAUCAAUGGAGACAAAUUACUGGAAUUAUCUGAAAUGAAAUUAGGAUUAUGGAAAAAAGAUCUCUCUAUUCCCAAUAUUCGAAAAUUGGCAUCAUUCAUUCAAGAUAUUAGUAAAAUGCCUGCAAAAUUUACACUCUGCAGCACAUCAUCCAACAGUGAUGAUGCCUGGGACACAGAUUUUGAAACGGAAGAUGAUGAUUAUCAUGAGGCUGAAACCAUUCCUCAUGCAAUAAAUGUGGAGAAACAAUUGCAUCCUAUUCAAAAUCCCUCUCAAGAAAAUGGAAAUUUAGAAGUUCAAAAUUUAGUCAAUAAAACUUUUAAUACUCAAACCGAUGACAAUCAUGUGUCACCAAUUAAUAGGCUUAGUACUUGUCUGUCACGGAGUAAAGUUAAUAUUCCCUCAGUAUUUUCAACUUCACAACUUCCUCAAAAUGGUUCCUCUACAAACACAUCCUUGGGAAAAGUUAUAAAACCACCAUUUCUAAAAUAUAAUGGAGUAACUGAAUCAGUUAGAAAUGAUCUAUCUAAUGAAGGGAAGAAUGUAAAACCUACGAUACCUUCACGUCCUCCAAGUCUGCAUGUGUCAUCUUCUAGGGAUAUUAUACAGUCUACGUUACCAAAACCACCAGCUUUUGAUAAAGAAGGCUCAGUCUUAAGAGAUAUUUGUGAUAAACUACAGUUAGAGCCUGAUAUCAUGGAUGAAUAUGAAAGUAUUGAUGAAGAUUUAAUUAAUGCAAGGAGUAUAAAAAAUCAGAUAUCCCAAUUUAAUGGUGUAAGUAAUUUAACACAAUCUGUACACCAAAAUUCACAAGAGAGUACUUGCAAAGCUCUCAUACCUCAGAGUUCUGGAAGAGAUCCAUCACCUGCCUCUAGUUUACAUCGAAAUCAGUUAUAUAUUGCAAAAAAAAUAAAUGCAUUAACUCAACAAACAUCAAAAACAGAUCAAAACACUGAAAUUCCCAGAAAAUCCCCAAUUCUUCCCCCUGCUCACAUAAAGAAACAAGAAGAGCUUUCUAAAAACGUGCCCUUCAUAAAUCAAGAAAUUCUGCGCAAAUCUCCAGUUCCUUUACCUCCUAGAAAUGAGAAAAAACAAGAUAUUUCACCUACAUCAACAUUAACUCUUACAUCUCAAAAGAAUUCUCAAAAAACAAAUGAAGAAAAUUCAGAGGCGACAGUAACACCAAGAUUAUCUAAAGAAUAUGAUGACAGCAUAUUUAAUGAAGAAAGUAUUAGAAAUGACACCUGUGAUGGUGCUCCCCACGAAGAGUUUUAUGAAAGUAUUCCUGAACAUAUUACAGAGUCCAAUGGUACAAGUGGAAGUUUAUGGUCAUUUGGCUCCUUAAAACAGAAAUCACAGCCGAAAACCCAACAAGAAAUGGCCGAUGGAGCAGUAGGAAUGAAACAACGUAUUCUGUAUCCUAUAAGAAGGUUGUUGUCUCGAUAUGAUGAUGUUAUGCCUCCUGAUGAGGAUUACAUUGAACAAGGUGGAGUACAGAGAGUUGUCAAAAUUCCAUUGAUACAAAUGCCAUGGUAUUUUAAUGUUGAUCGUGCUAGAGGAGAAGAAAUUCUUCGAAACAGUGAAGAUGGAACAUUCAUGAUUCGGCCAUCAUCAAAAACCCAAAAUGCACUAACUCUCACUCUUAAAUAUGGCAAAAGACCUUUCAAUAUAUGUGUAAGACAUCGGCCUGAUGGACGAUUUGCAUUAGGCACAGCAAAACCAACAGAACAAACUUUCUCCUCUGUGGAAGAAUUAGUGAAUCAUUAUAAAACAAACGAGUUACUGCUGUACAGUAAUGGAAAACAAGCUGGAAUUGUUGUACUUACAUCUCCUCCAAGGAAAGAUCCAUCAAGUCAGGAUGUUUAUGAUUCUCAAAUUACAGCUGAAUUCAUAAUUGAAGAAUUUAUUGAAAAUUAUUAAACACAUUUGGUACAAAACUAGAAAAAUUAUUUAAAUUCUAUUUGUAAUUUAUUAAGGUGAACAAUUUGUAACAAGUAAGGUUAACAAUUAUGAAAUAAGCAAAACUCUAUUUACAGUAUUUGUAACAUCUUCAAGAUCAGAAAUGAUAGGUACACUAAAAAAAAAUUAUUUCCCGCUUCGUAAUCAACAAUCAUAAAUAUUUAAAAGGUAUUUCUUAUUGAUGUCAAUCACAGAUCUAUUAGUUAUUGAAAAGUUUGUUUUAUUCAUAUUCGUGAUCAGUAGAUCAAUAGAUCUGUGAUUGACAUCAAUAAGAAAUACCUUUUGAAUAUUUAUGAUUGUUUGCUUACGAAACGAGAGAGAAUUUUUUUUUUUUAGUGUACCUAUCAUUUGUGAUCUU